AUGGAACGGUACCUGCGCUCCUGGAGACAGGACGCGUUGAAUCGCGGCCAGCAUGAUUCCGCCAUCUACAUCGGUGACAAGGUUCUUGCGCUCACCAAUAGUGACUCGGAUGCCUUUUGGCUGGCACAGGUCCACUUCUCCAACAAUAACUUCACUCGUGCCUUAGCCCUCUUAUCCCGCAAAGACCUCAUAUCUCGAAGCACCGCCUGUCGCUACCUCGCAGCUCAUUGUUACAUCAAACAGAGCCAAUUCGAUCAAGCCUUGUCGAUACUGGGCGAGCACAAUCCUACCGACCUCGUUCGAAACAGCAACAGUCGGCGCAAGAUCCAACAUCUCAAUGGCCAAAGCCAUGUCACAAUGCGCAAUGGCAAGCACCCCACAUCACGAGCCGAGCGAGCAGAGGAACGAGAAAAGGAAGAUGCGAACAAUGUCCGAUUUGAGGCCGCAAUGUGCUAUCUACGGGGCCUUUGCUUUGCAAAGCAGAAUGCCUUCGACCGUGCCCGUGAUUGCUACAAGGAUGCAGUGCGGAUUGACGUCCAAUGUUUCGAGGCCUUCGAUCAAUUAAUGAAGAACUCGCUCAUGUCACCAGCUGAAGAAUUGGAAUUUCUCGAAUCAUUGGACUUCGACUCAGUCUCCUCGCCUGACCCCGCUGUGGCUCAAGAGGCGGCCGACUUUACUAAAAUGCUCUACACCACCCGUCUCUCCAAAUAUUCUGCGCCAAAUAUCCUAUCCGAUGCGACGGAGACUCUCUCUACACACUACAAUCUCGCUGAGAACCCGGAUAUCCUGCUUGCGCGUGCCGAAGCCCUCUUCACCCAGUGUCGCUUUGCAGAAGCCCUGGAACUCACAUCCUCCAUCCUUUCUACAUCUCAAUCCAACGAAUUAACGACCACAAAUAGCCCAAGCAUGGCUGCCCACAGCCACCUUGGGCAUGCCCCUGGAGUCUAUCCGCUACACCUGGCCUGCCUCUAUGAAACUGGAGCUACUAAUGCUCUUUUCUUGCUCUCGCAUAUGUUGGCGGAUCAUGCCCCAGAAGAACCAUAUACAUAUCUUGCCAUCGGAGUCUACUACCUCUCGGUAUCGAAAAUCGCCGAGGCCCGAAGGUUCUUCUCCAAGGCUUCUCUACUUGAUCCUCACUCCGCACCCGCUUGGAUUGGGUUUGCACAUACCUUUGCCGCUGAGGGUGAGCAUGACCAGGCAAUCGCUGCGUACAGCACAGCUGCACGACUUUUCCAAGGCAGCCAUCUCCCACAACUUUUCCUUGGAAUGCAGCAUCUUGCGCUGAACAACAUGUCACUCGCCCACGAAUAUCUUUGCGCUGCAUAUUCUAUGUCAACAGGUUCUCCUGCGAGUAAUGCUCCUGGUCUUCCGGGUAGUUCACCAUCCAGCCCCCUCGGAGGCGAUCCUCUCGUGCUGAACGAGCUUGGUGUUGUCUACUACCACCAGGGUAAUCUAUCCAACGCCAUUGAGCUGUUCCAGCAAGCCCUAAAGCUGGCCGGAUCUCUUCAUUGUGAACCGGGUGCCUGGGUCGCUACUCGUGCCAACUUGGGCCAUGCACUACGCCGAAUGGGCCGUGUUCCGGACGCCCUUCGUGAAUUCGAAGAGUGCUUGCGUGUUGGUUGCGGAGGAACAAGCAUGGGUUACUCUCCCUUUUUAGGUGGUGGCGCAGGAGGCUCCGCGGCCGUUGCUACAGCAUCUGGGGUAGGGGGCUAUGAAGAUCGCGGACUGGUUGGGUCAUUGCAUACGUCGCGUGGUUUGCUGCUCCUCGAGCUUGGCCGGACUACUGAAGCAGUGACAGCCCUGCACGAAGCCGGUGCCAGUGGCGGUGGUGACGCUGCUGGUGGCGCAGGAGUCGCUGGAACACUGCUUUCCCGAGCACUCGAAAUCUGGGCUUCAGAAGGCCAUCAGAAGGAUCGUAGAGCCAUGGAAGACGGGUCACGAACGUCAAAUAACCGAAACUCCAGAAUCCGCGGCAAGGAUCGGAUGGAUGAAUCGCGUCGGCGUGCACGCCCGGAUACGUACACAGAAGAGUGGACGGAUGAAGUCACACACGCCGCGACACCAGACACUGCUGCUUCGAACGCCACUGCGGAGGCAAAUGUCGAGAUGGAGCUGGAUGAGGAGGCGGACGGUUUGUUACGUCGGGCUCUUGGUCGGAUUCGACCCAGCCGUCAACGGCGUCCAGCUGAACCGAUGACCCCGGAGAUGAACACUGACGACACGCCAGCGCGCAGUCGUGGCGUAAGGUCUGGUCGGAGCCAAUCCCGACAAUAA